GUCCCGCCCUUCGCCCUCCCCUCCUCCUCCUCCUCCUCCUCCUCUUCUUCUUCCUCCUCCAAUUCCCGCUCCCGCCCUCCCAUGUGGUGCCUCAGCAGCGGCAGCGCUUCGGGUGCACACAGAUCCUGGACUUUAACUGAGUAACCUGUAUCCUGCUGACCAAGAAACCAGAUUUAAAUUCUUCUUUUUAGUUGUAUUUGUUUUGGUUUUUUUUUUUCCUUCUUCCUUGGAAGAGCUCAGCAGUGGCUCCCUGUUCACUUCAAUGACAGUGUGCUGCUAAUGGGUGUAAGUAAAUUAGAUGUCUUGUACCGAAAGCUUCUCCUCACCAAACUGUUCAUCAGAGGAUGGGGAAAGCCAGAGGAUCUGAAAAGAAUAUUUGAAUUCAGAAAGAUUAUUGGAAACAGGGAAAAAUGCCAGAAGCUGGUUUCCAAAGAUUACCCAGUGUUCAUUGACAAGGUUGAGGGGCAAUCAGACUGUAAAAUCCUUGAGGGGCACUUCAUUUCCCCCUUGGCUCAUUGUGUCCCAGGUAUCCUGCCAGUGGAAUCUCUUGUAGCAAGAUUUCAGUUCAUCAUACCCAGAAGAUGGAAUGGCAAGCACAGACCCGUGUGCAUUCAUUUAGCAGGCACUGGAGACCAUCACUUCUGGAGGAGACGCACGUUAAUGGCACGGCCAAUGAUCAAAGAAGCCUCCAUGGCUUCCCUGCUGCUAGAAAAUCCUUACUAUGGCUGUAGAAAACCCAAGGAUCAAUUACGGUCAUGUUUAAAAAAUGUCUCGGACCUGUUUGUGAUGGGAGGAGCUCUAAUUCUAGAAUCGGCAGCUCUUUUGCACUGGCUAGAGAGAGAAGGCUAUGGACCCCUAGGGAUGACUGGAAUAUCCAUGGGAGGACAUAUGGCUUCCCUGGCAGUGACAAACUGGCCCAAACCAUUGCCAUUGAUCCCAUGUCUUUCCUGGUCAACAGCCUCUGCAGUCUUCACUACGGGUGUGCUGAGUAAGGCAGUGAACUGGAGAGAGCUGGAGAAACAGUAUUUCACACAAACUGUGUAUGAAGAGGAAAUCAUUCAAAUGCUUGAAUAUUGUGGAACGGAUUCUUUCAAGAUGGGCCAAGACUUUGUGAAGAACUUCCCUGACAGUGUGGACAGUCUGGCAGACAUGGACAUGACUUCCAGAAUAUUCAGCUUUGAGUCCUUGAAUGACACAGUAUCUAAGGAAUCUGUUCCCAGCUUUGCCACAAAUAGAAGUGCUCUAAGUGCCUCUUCAGAAGGACUCUUAAUGCAAGAUGCUCCUAAAAUGCAGUGCAUAAAUCAAACCUUUUCCACCAGUAGCAGUAGCAAUAAAAACUUCACCAGCCCACAAGGACACAGGGUAAACACAAGGAGAAGGAGUGACACUUUACAGAGAGAAUCCUUAAUGUUCAUGAAGGGAGUCAUGGAUGAAUGUACCCACGUAGCAAACUUCCCAGUUCCAGUUGACCCAAGUUUGAUCAUAGUGGUCCAAGCCAAGGAGGACGCGUACAUCCCUCGCACCGGCGUGCGCAGCCUGCAGGAGAUCUGGCCAGGCUGUGAAAUCAGGUAUCUGGAUGGAGGUCAUGUCAGUGCCUACCUCUUCAAACAAGGACUCUUCAGGUGAGGUGAAC